UAUAUAAACCCCGUCGAAUCUAUUCAAUUCAUCAGUUUCCGAAGCACCGUACCAAGAAUUAUUAAGUAUACGACUGCUACCAGCUUCCAACUCUGUUUUUCUUUCUGUUUAAUAUCCUUCGAAAGCAACCUUAAACCUUCUCCUUUCGUUUCCUAUUCUUUCAUUGUCUUGUUGAGCAAGGCAUGGCUUCCUUUGAAUUUGAUAACGUUAAGGCAGAGAAAGAAGAUGCUCUAUGGAGAUACAACAUGGAGAGGAAGCUGAGGAUGGGUCUUCGAUUAUGCGGGUUUUGUUUGGCUUUGUUUUUGCUGUUGUGGUCAUGGUUCCCCACGUUGAUUCCUGAUACAGUCGAGGUUGCCGGAGACUAUGGCCGCUGUUUCGUCUCCACCUUUAACAAGCCUCUCUUCACUUUCAUACUUGUAAACAUCAUCAUCCUUGCUGUUUAUAUUUUGUCUAGCCAGAAACAGUCCCAGAAACAAACCAGCUGCCCCGACCUCUACGAUGAGUACGUCGGCUCUCGCCGGAGUAACCCCACGUCCGUCGUCGCCGCGGCCUACAACUCUCCGGUUGCGGAGGAGACCAUGGUUGACAAGAAAAUCAUCCUGGUAGAAAAUGCCCUUGCUCUUUCUCCUGUAAAGCAGCAACCCACGACAGUCGACACAGUUACAGAAACAAAACGUUCCCCUUCACCAGCUAAACAAACUACGAUGAUCCGUACAGCAGUGAAAAAGACAAAGCCUGCCGUUUCUGCGACCCCUGAAGCCAAGACAAAGGAAUACCGAAGAACUCGAUCAAUGGUCUCAGAAUCUCGAAACCAAUUACCCCGGGAGUUUCUGAGAUCCGACACAGCUAUCGGCAGGGAGCUGGUGGUUUCAGGCGGAGACCCGCCGAGGAAAUCAAUGGAUGAGAUGAGCAGCGAAGAGUUUCAGUCGAUAGUAGAUAGUUUCAUUGCUGAAAGAAAGAGAACUCUGCUGCAGGAAAACACUGCUCAUUACACUAGGAGGAAAGACAAGUGCAUGUCUAUCGUGGUCAAGAAUUAGGAAUUUGUUAUGGAGAUUAGAGUGAACUUAGUGAGUUAAAUUCUGAAAAUCUACCUCCAUUUUCAGAAUUAUUAGGUUUUCGGGACAUAUAUUAAUUACUGUCUGGGAUUGUACAGUGAUAAAAACUUCCCUGGUUUUGUGGGAGCAGAAAUUAAGACAAGUUUUAUGGGA